GCAGGAGAACAAGCGGAUAAAUCAUACUCUGCCGAAACAUUUACAUUGAUCACAUGAUUGCAGGUCUCGCCCAACAUGAUCCUGGCCAUGUGCCUGGAGCGCUACGUGGCCGUCUGCAUGCCGCUGCGCCACGUGAACGUCUUCACGCCCGACCGCACCCUCCUCAUCAUCGCCUUCGUCUGGCUCCUCUCCUUCAUACGGCCCGUGGUGGACCUGGUGAUCCUCCUCACCUACAUCGCCGAGAGCUACUUCCACACCAUGGCCUCCUGCUCCUACGAGGUGCUGCUGCAGCAGGGCUGGCACAUGAUGAUGCGGGGCAACGUCUACAUCCUGAAGCUGGUCUUCACCGUGGUCAUCCUCUGCUUCACCUACGGCUCCAUCAUGCACGUGGCCCGGAGGGCCUCGGGGGACGACCGGCAGGCGGCCUCCAAGGGCCAGCGCACCAUGCUGCUGCACGCGCUGCAGCUGUUCUUCUGCACCCUGGAGGCCGUGAGCCCGUUCAUCGAGGCCCGCGUGCUGGAGCUGAGGGACAUCAACGUCUUCUUGAUCGUGCGCUACUUUGACUUUUUGGCGUUUCACAUUUUCUCCCGGGCCAUCAGCCCUCUCAUCUACGGCUUCAGGGAUGAGAAGUUCCACCUGGCGCUGAAGUACUACGCCUGCUGUAAGGUGAAUCAGAUAUCGUCACAACAAGCAGAUGCACUCGCACCACAGUGGCAAGUCAAAAGUACAAAUAAAAAGGAGCUACAAAGUACUGUAACAUAACUAUCUCCUCUGGACUGAUUAAUGACUAUAUAAAUCCCAUAACAUGUUAUGAAUUUACAUUAUUUUGUGCCUUGACCCUGUUUGUGAAACACUAACAAUGCAAGUCAUAUGCACACACAGGAAAAGAACACAGAAGAAAACGUCUUUACUUUGUAAGGAAAACAAGGCAUGCAUGAUUUUCAACAUUUGCUUCCCCAUCCAACCAAUGUAAACCCCAUGACCCUUUCCUAAGCUAUCCAUUUUAAUGUAAUGACUUGAUAUAUUAUAUAUUGUCAUAUAACAUGCGUGUGUUUAAAUGCACAUGCAAGUGU